AUGAGAUUCUGUGCUUCUUUUCUGAGUAAUGAUUCAGCAGGCAGGGUGCUGGGGAUGGCGCAGCCAACACAAAACUCUGUCAGAGCAUUGAGCAGGCUGGAGAGUCAGAAAACACACCUGAAAAGUAUUUGUCUGCAAUAUCAGCUCUAUCUUCUUCUGAACAGCCAUUUCUUUUCCCUUUUAAAGAAUGAGAGGGGACUAAUCAUCUUCUUCUUGUGUGCUUGUGUACCAAAGACAGCAGCAGGUCAUUGCAAGUGGGCAGAAGUUCUGAAAGAUUUGGAGCAGAUCAAGGAAUCCAAAGACAUUGAUGUCAGUUUAUAUACUGCAGACACAGAUGAGGAUACAGAAUGCCAAGAACCUGUAAUAAGAUGCUUUAUCUUAGAGACAAAAGUGAUUCUUCAAGAAUGUCUUAUCAAAAACUGUAGUAAGACACAGGAUGUAUUGAACAUAUGGAAAAAUGGAAAUGCUAGCUUAGGAAUUAACAAGUUGAAUUCCACAACAUCAGCAAAAUGCAAAGAAUGUGAAGAGUAUGAAGAAAAAAAUUUUACAGAAUUUAUACAGAGUUUUGUAAAGGUUAUACAGAAGGAAUGUAAGCACUGACCAGAAGAUACAAACUGGGAAGAGGAUUCCUCCACAAACAUCCUCAAAGAAAUUAGACUAUUGCCAGCAAUAAACAGGAAAAAACAUCACUCACAAUCUUACAUAGCAUAACAUGUAAACAAGGAAUAAUAAAAUCCCUGUAUAUUGAA